CGGCAGUGCAUUCGGAAAAACAAGGAUGAUGUGUCGGAAGCCCCUUCUCGUCUCCCUGUUGGGUUUGGCGCUGCUAGCGCUGCUCGCGCAGUCGCCGGUGCAGGUGUCGGCACAGGAUUUUGAAAGGACCGGACCGCCGGUUGCUCGCAGUGCUGCUGACGCCAUCUGCCAGGAUCCGCAGCUGACCACCCUGUGCCGCAUCAUAGAUGCAGCCGACGAUGGCGAGGGAGCAGCAACACUCAGGGUGCGGCCUGCCUGCGUGCUACCGUAUUGCUUGUGGGCUGUAGCAGUUUGGAACCUAGGAAGGCUUCGCAGACCUUGUACUUUGUAGGGAAGCGCGUCGUGACACCUAUCUAUGCGCGCAACGUCAACUGGCAGAGCGGUCUAGAACGUAUACCUUGUAUUCAUCGUAACACAAAUACCACCGCUUUGGAAGCAGAGACGGAAUCCGUGAAGAGGCCGGCAUCGCCUGCAAUCCUUCCCAGCAAGCCUGGAUUAGCUGGUUUGUGUGGCGACCAAACCAGGAGUUACCUCACUGCUGCUAAGAACUGACGAACCAUCUCCGCGUUGCUUCCUUGCACAUGCAAAUACACACCGGUACAUGUGCUGCUGCUGUACAGAGCGGCAAGGCGCUCGCAACGGUGUUCGCACCCACGGACGAAGGAUUUAACCACGAUAAGAAGGGCAUCACCAGAAAGAUGAAGCUCAAGGACUUUGGCGACAUCUUCACCACUCCCACGGUUGCAGACCGCCUGCUGCGCGGCCUCAUCAUCCCCAACCAGUCUAUCAUGUCGUCGGGUCUCCGCAGCGGCAACAAGUACAAGAACAUGCUCGGUCAAUCCAUGACAUAUAGCACAGC